ACCCUUUGACUUCCGUGUCGAUUGCGUCCGGGCUUUUUACCGGCGACGACGACCGCGUCUUCCCUCUCGUGCUGCGUCGCCUCUGCCUGUAGCGACCACGUGAGCGAAUGCUAGAAAGAGACGGGAGACACGCACAUGUGUAUUUACAUACGUAUAAACAGAUACAGUGAUUUCGGCGACGAUAGAUCCUUUCUUUAACGAGCGUUUAUUGUAAAACUCGUUGUCCCUUAGCACCUGUGACAAUAUUCGAGGAAGACGCUGUGUUACCACGUCGUCAGUAAAACGCGGUUUUGUCAGUGAACGAUUCUCCCUCGGACUUGACGCGCGAGAAGUAUGACUGCUCUGAUCCAGACGAUAAAGACCUCCGACGCUAGAAUAGCGUGGAAAGCGUUAAAUGGAGUGUUUGCUGUUUACAAGCCGCCACUGAUCACCAACUUAAACGCACGGGAUACCAUAAUUCAACGUCUCUGCGAAGAUUUGAACAAUAUGCACGUACGUCCAGCGAUCAAACAUGUGUGCAUCGAAGGUGAUACAACAAAGAGGAUGAAGGUGUACUCGCACCCGAGCUAUGCGGAUCACCCGUUGGUCGUAGGUCCGCGAUAUCAACCCAAGGACUUCAAAUUGAUGUGCGCUAAUUACCUGAGCAAAGAAAUGUCGGGUCUCUUGGUCUGCGGUCUCAACGAUGGCACCAGGUGGUCUCACAGAUUGAAGGACUCCAAGUCUCCGAUUAGUUACAAGGUCAAAGGUCGCUUAGGGCAGGCAACGGACACGUACUUCAUAACCGGGAAGAUCGUCGAGAAAGCUACAUAUAAACGUAUCAGGCGCGAGGCGAUAGACAAAGUCUGCGCUGCCAUGCAGACUGCGCAUCAAAGCAAGAUGUUCGAAUUAUGCGGAGUGGAUGUGCAGAGUCAAGCUGCGUACGAUUUAGCUGUACAAGGUCCCGUGAGACCUGCCGAGGCUAACAUCCCAAUGAUAUAUACCAUAAAAUGUGUAGACUUCACAUCUCCUGAAUUCACAUUAGAAAUCGUUUGCGUAAAUGAGGACAGCAUGUAUUUGAAAACUGUGGUUCAUGAGCUGGGACUGCAGCUCCGCAGUGUCGCUACGUGCACUCAGAUACAGUGUUUCCGGUAUGCGUUAUUUGAUCUAAAUCAUGCUCUAAUGACAAAACAUUGGGAGUUGGAAAACUUUUGUGACAAUAUUCAACAGUGUAACGCUAUAAUUAGGAAAAACAGAGAUUUAUUGAAGCAAUAUAAUCCGAUACUGAAAGAAAGAGAUAAAUCCAAUAUUGAUAAAACGGGGUAACUAAAAUAUUUUCUAAAUUUUAACCAGAUGUACAUAGUAAAAAGUAGGCUAUGUAAAUUGUUAGCAAACAGGAAGACAGCUGUAAUGAUUUAUACAUAUACAAUGUUCCUCGUUCCAUGAGAGAAUAAUCUAGAUCUGCAAAUCAAUAGAACGACGACCACGUGGGUCUCCGUUUGGUACCAAUCGUAUUUUAUCGUAGGCUCGCAAUUUCGCGCUAAUCUUGUCUAUGUUCAUUGUAUGCCUAUCGUUCGUUCGAUUAGAUCACGUUGAAAUGAUUGAGCACAAAAAUACUGUCAUAUUUCUAUCAAUUCUGUUUAAAUCAAUAUUAAUAUCACAGUUUCUCAUAUUGUUCACCUAUUGAUGUCUGAAAAAGGAUUUGAAUGCAAUGGAUGAAAAUCGAGAUUAUUCUAUUAUGGGACAAGUGAUGUACGGACACAGAAAAUAUAUAGGUAAAACUGUACCAAUAUCAUUUUGAUAUUUGAUAUCUUCCUCUGAAGAUAAUAAAAAUCAUGAUGCAUUUA